GUUUGCGCAUGCCCAGAACCAGCGACGCAGAACCCACACAACUUGUAACGGGACAGCACCGGUUUCGGCUACAUUUAACCCCGAGGCGCACGAAGAUGUUUUUGUAACAAGAUUUUUCAUCACCACCAACGACGGAAGCAAGCGACAACUUUUAACACACAUUUGACCAGUUCUGUCGCCAUGAUUUCUAAAUACAGGCCGCCGAUAAUGAAGUUUGGAAACCGGGUGAGACUUUCUUGAGAAGAUGAGCUUCGGAGUGCCUGCUAACUCUCUGUUACUUUUCCGUGCUUGCGAUGAGGGAGAUUACGAAACGGCCCGGGGGAUACUGGAGCCAGGAGCGAAGGAAUCCGGGAGGCAGAGCAGGCUGCGGUCCGAGGCGGGAUCGGAAUGCAACGUCGUGGACAUCACCCGGGGACCGUCCCUCGUACCCGUGGACGGCACGGACGAGGAGGGGAACACCGCCCUGCAGUUCGCCUCAGCCAGUGGCCAUGAAAACUUGGUUCGGUUCCUUCUACGCAAAGGGGCCUCGGUGGACAGCCGGAACAACUACGGCUGGACACCGCUGAUGCAAGCGGCGAGGUUUGGGCACCUGAACGUCACCCACAUCCUACUGGAGAACGGGGCGGAGAUAAACGGCCGAAACCGCCUGGGUGCAAGCGUCCUGUCCAUGGCGGCUAGAGGAGGCCACGCCCACGUGGUCAAACUCCUCUUGGAGGGCGGAGCAUAUGUCGACGAUUACGACCACCUGGACAUCGCCGCUGAGGGCGUUUCUAUAGGCAGCGGCAGCAGCGGUGGCAACAAUAACAACAACAGCAGCAGCCUGUCAGGUCUAGGCGGCGGCGGCGGCGGCAGCGAGGGCUGCGUGGGCGGUGGCCUCGGGGGCUGUGGGGUCGGCGGAGCGGGGGGCAGGGAGUUCAUGGACAUCACAGCCCUGCUGGUGGCCUCGCUGCAGGGCCACGAGGCGGCGGUGCGCCUGCUGCUGGAGUGGGGCGCCGACGUCAACUUCUCCCAGAAGACCACCGGCUGGGCGGCGCUGAUGCUGAGCACCCUCAGCGGGAAGUCGGUGGGCGUGGCUCAGCAGCUCGUGGAGAGGGGGGCGGACCCGGACCGGCUCAACGUGUGUUCAAAGACGGCCUUUGAGCUGGCCAUGGACCUCAGGCAGAGAGACAUCAAGACCUACCUGGACCCCAUCACCACCGUACGCCCUCAGACUGAUGACGAGAAGAGAAGGCCCGAUGUGUUCAGUGCCCUCAAAUUAGGGAAUUCUCAGCUGGUGAAGGAGAUCUUGGAGGAGGACCCCGCUCAGGUGAACUCGUCCAAUCAGGAGGGAGCGUCGCCCCUGAUGAUGGCGGCCGUCAGUGGGCAGCUUGAGGUGGUGCAGCUGAUGGUGGACAAGAACGCUGAUAUAGACAAACAAGAUGGCGUCCACGGGUGGACUGCUCUGAUGCAGGCCACGUACCACGGUAACAAGGACGUAGUGAAGUACCUGCUGAGCCAGGGGGCCGAUGUCCACCUCCGGGCUAAGAACGGCUACACUGCGUUUGAUUUGGUCAUGCUUCUGAACGACCCAGACACAGAGCUAGUUCGUCUGUUGGCGGGCGUGUGCAUGCAGGUCGACAAGGGCAAGGGGAAGCCCCGCAGUCGGGCCUCCAUGUUGCUCUCCAAGAACCGCCGGUUGCUAGGCAACAUCCCCGUCCCUCCCGACGAUAAGGGGGGUCUCAAGUCGUGGUGGAACAGAAUGUCCAAUCGGUUUCGCCGGCUCAAGCUGACCCACACCCUGAGGCACGGCCUUUCCUCCAAUCGCCUUGCUCCGUUCCCUGACGAUGCCGAGGCCUCAUUGGACGCGACCCUGAGAGUCGACAGGAAGCCAGCGGUUGGAGCAAAUGGGGCGCUGGCCUCCCCUUCCUCCACGGUGGCCAUGAGUGACAUCAGCACCAUGUGGGCGGUCAAAACCAUGGAUUCAGGUCUCGGAAGCGCAGGCUCGGAGAACGAGGACGCCCUGAUCUCAACAAUGCUGAGAGACGGCGCCCCGCUGACCCGGCUGCCCAACGACAAGCUGAAGGCCGUCAUCCCGCCCUUCCUGCCCCCCUCCAACUUCGAGGCGUGGAACUCUGACCGCUCGCGCCUCCUCAAGGAGCCGCCGCCCCGCCUCCCCAUGCCCCCCCAGAGGAAGCUGAACAGCAGCGGGAACUCCGACAUAACGUCAGUCAGCCGCGUGGUCAACAGGUCCAUCAAGUUCCCCAGCAUCUCCAAGGGGCCCUCGUCCUCGUCCCCCUCCAACUCAGGACACUACCACUCCCCCCACUCCUCGGGGGGGUCCAACGGAGUGGCGGGAAUCAACCGAGACUCACACAACCGCUCUGGGGGCAGUGCAGACAGCGUCCUGUCUCAGAUCGCUGCCCAGAGGAAGAAGGCAGCGGGCCUGGUGGACCCGAAGGUCCCGGCCCCUGACAAACCGAGCAGCCAGACCCAGGUUCAGCUCCAGAACCAGCCCCAGCUGCCCGCCUCAGUAACCGGUCCAACGGUGGCCGACACCAGCCUCCCAGACAUCCACGCUACCCCCAGUCUGGUCGGAUGCGACGUUCAUUCUAGACGGAAGGUGGAUCUGAAGAGGAGACCCCAGUCCGGUAACUCCUCCAACUCCAAGAGCACGUCACCCACCCUGACGCCGUCGCCCUCCCCGUCGCCCAAGCCCCCCGCGGGGCCUGGAGACUCCCUGUCCUCCGCCUCGUCCCACCCCCGCUCCAAGAGCAGCGGGGGCUCCAGCAGUGGCACCAUCACUGACGAGGAUGAGCUGUCCAGCAUCCUGAAGAAGCUUUCUCUGGAGAAAUACCAGCCUAUAUUUGAGGAACAAGAGGUGGACAUGGAGGCCUUCCUGACUCUGACCGACGGGGACCUGAAGGAGCUGGGCAUCAAAACCGACGGACCAAGACACCAGAUCCUAGCGGCCAUCUCUGAGCUGAAUGCUGGGAAGGGCCGCGAGAGGCAGAUCCUGCAGCAGACCAUCCACAACUUUCAGUCCUCCUUCGGCAGCAGCGCCAGUAACUCCAGACAGCCAGCAGCCCCCCCUCGCUGUGAGUCCACACACCCUCCAACUGGCUGGACGAGACACCAGGUUCGCUCGACCAGUAAGAGGUAGCAGCACCCUUCAUUCCCCCUCCACCACCGCCACGUCUUCCACCAUGUAGCCCUCAUCAACCCACCAAACACAGGCACUAGUAUGAUGCAUUGCUGCUUUGAAAGCCUGUCUCCAUCCAGACUCCUUUACAGGUAACUUCAGACAAAAACACUUGCUCCAAAGAAGACUGCCUCGCUAUACAGCAAGGCGGCAGGCAGCUGCCUUCCGUCGGGGACACAGGCAUGGAUUACCUUUUUCUCUUACGGUGGAAGAGUUUGUUGUGUAUUAAAGGGAAGACAGCAGCCACUAGCCACGCCGUUUGAGAGCCACGCCCCCUCCGUACCCUCCCCCACACACAGCCCUGUCCCCCACACGUGCAAUACAGUGUUGCUCAUCGCCUGUCCUCCCGUCCUUUAAGGAGUCUCUUUCUCGAGAGUGAAGAAUGAACUGGAAACUGCACAGAAAAGGCAUGGGUGAAUGUUUAUCAAAAUCGUUUUUUUGUUUUGUUUUCUGAAAGGACCACAUUAUAUCCAGCUAUGAAAGGCAAUUGGUAGAGAAAAAGAGAAUGUGAAUGUAGCAUUUGAACAAAUACACAUCAUAGAGAAUGAGUUCAUGUUUGAUGACAUGAAUUGAUCGUGAUUGGAGAAAUGUGCACUGAAAAUGGGUGUGGUAUGUUGAUCAAAUUGCUUAAAUAUCGAGUUCAAAAAGCAGAAACAUAUUAAAUAAAUAUGACAAAUCAUGA